CUCCUCUUCCCCAGAUUCUGCUGUCCAGCAUCCAAGCUGGGGUACGAGGGCAAGGGUCAUGGUUACAAUUUAGUCCAGCCAAGUUGGCUCCGGUCCAUUGGCCGCUCGUCUUGUGACCCCGACCGCUCUGCCAUAACUGCAGUGGUUGGGGUCGGCACUUGGGAUUCUGAUGUUCACGGUAGGGGUAUCAACGCCCAUCCGGGGUUGCAGACAGAAAUAUAUUAAAUGGGACUUUUACCUUCCGAACCUGCCACCCAUCCCGCCAACAACUCUGCUAUCAUCUGCAUCCUUAGCUCUGUUCUUUUUACUUGCUGGCUGCAGUGAGGCAUAAGACAGGGGUAUCUGUAGAGAUACACGGGGUCUUUCUUGGUUCAAUCUCUUGUCUCUGCAAACGUGGCAUAGAUCAGCUUCCUUCCUUUUAGCCAUUGCUACCGACUCUUUUAUCUGAAAGCCUCAUUCCGUCCUCUACUCCUUCAAGUCUUACUUGGCACCUUCUCGACAUCUUCCUUUCUGACCUCGAUCCAGUCACGACAACAAGAUGCCGUCUCCAGGAGAAGAAACAUGGAAGGAUCACUGGAAGUGCUUCGUGGCAUGUGGUAUCAUUGUACUCUCGCCAUUCCAGUAUGGCGUGGACUUUGGUCUCAUCGGUGGUCUGCAGGCCAUGGUUGGCUUCCUCAAGAUCUACGGUCAUCCAGCCCCUGACACCGCCAUCGGAUGGAACCUCGAUACGACAAGACAGCAAUUGAUAUCGAGUCUCAUGACCCUUGGCGCCUUCAUCUCGUCCGGAACGGCAGGCAUCGUGGCCACGUACGUGAGCAGAAGGCAGUGUCUCUGGGCUGCUUGCGCUCUGUGCUGCGUCAGCAACGUGAUCAUGAUGGCUACUGAGGACAUUGGCGCGCUCUAUGCUGGCCGGUUCCUCAUUGGGUUGGCCAAUGGAUAUUUCAUGACCUUCAGCCAGCUGUAUAUCCAGGAAUCGAGUCCUGCCAGAUACAGAGGUUGGUUCUUGACCGCCUUCCAAUUCUUCACUUCCUUUGGCACUCUGAUCGGCACCAUCAUCGACUGGGCCACCGCUAAGCGCCCCGACAAGUCCGCCUACUUGAUUCCCCUCGGCAUGAUCUACAUCAUCCCUGUCAUCAUGACCGUCGCCCUCUUCUUCAUUCCCGAGUCCCCCCGCUGGCUCAUUCUCCAAGGCGACUACGAGAAGGGUGUCAAGGCUCUCCGGUGGUUGCGUCCCGUUGGCGCCGAUGUCGAUGCCGAGGGUGCCGAAAUCAAAGCCGCCAUCGACAGGGAGAAGGAUCUCAGCAGCAGCAUCAGCGUCAUGGACAUGUUCAAGAACCCCAUCGACAGAAGACGCACCGGUCUCGCCGUUGGUGCUGUCCUUUUGCAAGCCGCCUCCGGUUCCAUGUUCGUCAUCGCCUACAAGGCCUACUUCCUCGCCAUGUCCAAGGUCUCGGACCCGUUCGCUAUGAGCAACGUCCUCUCCGCCAUGGGCAUCCUCGCCAUCUUCUUCAACAGCUUGAUCGUCGUCCGCUGGGGCAGACGCCGCGUCGUUCUCACCACCGGUCUGGCCAUCUGCGGUAUCCUCCAGCUGAUCAUCGCUGUUGUCUACCAUAUCUUGGGCGCAACCAAUACCACCGGAAUCGUCCUGGUAGCCCUGACCUGCGUCUACAUGAUGACCUACAACGGCAUGAUCUCCACCUACGCCUGGCUCGCAGGCGGAGAGAUCCCCUCUCAGCGUCUCAGAAGCUACACUUUCGGUCUCGCCGCGGCCGUUGGUUUCUUCGGCGCCUGGCUCACAACUUUUACAGCGCCAUAUUUCAUCAAUCCUGCCUCUCUUGCGUGGGGUCCCAAGUAUGGCUUCAUCUGGUUCCCCAGCUGCAUCAUCGGUGUGCUCUGGGUUCUGUUCUUCUUGCCCGAGACCAAGGGCCGCACCCUCGAGGAGAUUGACGAGAUGUUUGAGGCCAAGCUGCCUGCGCGCAAGUUCAGACACCACAUCUGUGUUGGCCAUGUGAAUACUGCCGAGAAAAUUGAUGAUCGCGCUUCGGAAAAGACACCCACCGAGGUUCAACAUGCCGAAGUGAAGGAUUAAAUCGUUUCCUUGUUUUGCCGUCUAUAGAAUUGAGGAUCAAUUGUCUUAGAUACAGACAAGGCGUUUGGGAGGUUGAAUGCGAUGAGUAAUGUGGAAGAAAGUUGUGUCUAGAUAAAACAUAGAGAUGCAACUGGAAGCCAAGUCUCUAUCACAUAUUUUCAUCUGCCGUGGCUUCUGCAUUGGUAUUGGUUCCAUAAGGGGGCAUUUUACAUGACAGAUACUGGGCCAGCUUUAUGACAGAGGAUCUGACCAUCGCAAUAUCAAAUGCAAC